AUGGACAUUUCCCGUGUCAAGGUUAUGCUGUGCGUGAAUCUUAGGAAACAGAAACAAGUCGACCGGGCGGAGCAAUACGGGCGUGAGGCUCUUGAGGAGUAUCGAGCUCACCUCGGUCAAGAGCACGAUACAACUAUUAUUGCUCAAUACGCGCUUGCCUCAAUCAUGCUUAUCUCACAUCAAGACAAGGUUCAUGAUGCUGUUCAGCUUCUACAACAGAAUGCGGACAUCGUGGCUCGCAAGUUUGGCGAAGUCCACCCGGAGACUAGGGCUGCAACUUUGCACCUGGUCAAUGCCUAUAUUAGGGCCAAACGCUUUGAAGAGGCCGAGGAGGCAGCACACCAGUGUCUCAAGAUCAGCGGCAAGGUCCCAGAGUCCAGCAAAGCUUUGGAGCAAGCAUAUCAUUAUCUCGGAUACGCCAAAGAGCUUCAAGAUGAACUAGACGAAGCGAGUACGUUUUAUAGAGCCUCUAUUGAAAUAGGGCUUGACAGUCGCGAUGGGGUGCACUCUGAUGAUUCAAUAUAUACCAUGAGGCUCUUGGCAGCAAUUCACGUUGGGAACAAAGACUUCCAAGAAGCUGAGACUCUUUUGCUGGAGGUCUUGGCAGCGUCGCCGCAGGUCUAUGGGACAACCCGCCCUGACAUGGCCUGUCGCGUCCAUCAUCUACUGGGACAGGUUUACGGAAGUACCGAUAAAGCCCAAGAGUCCGUCGAGAACCAUAGCUUAGCAGUAGAUCUGGCUCGUGAAGCGCUCGGCGAAGAUACAGAGGAGACUAUGUGGUAUACGGAGAGCCUCAUCAGUGCAAAGUUGGCGACUCGGUCGUUUCGAGAGGCACUCCAGCUUGCUGAAGAGCUUCUGGCACAUGCCGAGGAAGAACUCGGCGAAUUCCACGAACUCUGA